CCCGAUUUCAGCUCGACUUCACGCUCAGGACGGUAAAAACAGCAGCAAGCAAUGGACAGGAAGCAGAAUCUGAACCGGGCUGAGACCUUCUCCUUCGUCAACCCCUGGAUCAGAUACUUUCUCUUCUUCUUCAGCUUCCUGUUUUGGGUUUUCUCUUUGUUGAUUGUUGCCAUUGGAGUUUAUGCUAAAAUCCAGAAAGCUACAGAUGCGGUGCGGGACACGUUCCUGAUCGACCCGGCUGUCAUCCUAAUUGUGGUGGGGGUGGUCAUGUUCUUCAUCACCUUCUGCGGCUGCAUCGGAGCCCUGAGGGAGAACAUUCGCCUCCUGAAGACAUUCUCCUUCAGCCUGACGCUGGUCUUCCUCACCCAGCUCGCUAUUGCAAUUCUGGGAUUCUUUUACUCCGAUCAGACACGGGACGCGCUGGGAAAAUUUGUGAAGAAAGCCAUCGUUCACUACCGGGAUGACCUGGAUCUGCAGAACCUGAUGGAUUACAUCCAGAAAGAGUUCGAGUGCUGUGGGUGGAAUAACUACACAGACUGGUCCUGGAACCUCUACUUUAAUUGUACACAAGAGAACCCGAGCUCGGAACGCUGCGCCGUGCCGUACUCCUGCUGCACCCCGGUUCCCGGAGAGACAGUGAUCAACACUAUGUGUGGCUUUGGGGUUCAGACCCAGAAACACCUGGAGGCCAACAAGUCGAUCUACCCGGUGGGCUGCGCCGACAGAGCCGUGAUGUGGAUCGAGUCUCACCUGCUGCUGGUGGGCGCUCUGGCCCUGGGCUUGGCCUUGCCUCAGAUUGCAGGCAUUGUGCUGUCCCAGAUCCUGAUCUCUCAGAUCCAAGAUGAGAUUACCUCGGUGUUGUGAGAGCGGGCCGCCACGAGGGAGGAGAAGGGGAGAAAACAUCUCGCUCGCCGUGCUCCAUUCAGCCGCUCUGACAGGAAGCAAGGACAUCUCUGUGUGCCGCCGCCGCCACCGUAUCGCUGCGAUGUGACAGUAAAUGACGCAACGCGCCGCCGGCCUGCUGGCGAACGCCGGAACGCUCAUUCACAUGCAGAGCGUUCCUCUCAUUAUGCUGCUUUUUCUUUUUGUGUGUGUUGACAUUGAUGCCGACAUCAAAAUUGAAUCCUUGAAAGUAUUUAUUUUUUAAAUGUGACAAGUUUGGUAAUAAAACUGAGUUAAAUCAACUGAAUCGCAGAAGAAAUCCGCUGUAUGUUUAUAUCUUAUCCGCUCACAUUAAGCAGCACACACACUUUGGCAGUGUGUCAUUAACAAAAGCUGUACAAUAAUCUUCAGCAUUUCGUCCUGUCAGUCAAAUGCAAAUCUGUUCCCCAGAAUACAAAGAUUUCAAUACAGAAGAUUUUAAAAAUAAAAUAUA